AGUCGUUCUUCUUCUAUUGCAUAUUGAAGUAGUAGUAAUUCAGUUGUAAUUUGUGCUUUGUCUGAGGCAAAAACUGAUUGAGUGAAUGCUAAAUAUAGUUAGGCAUUCAUUACUAAAUGAGAAGGGUUCAGCCAAAUGCUCAUGAUCAGCGAACGGUAUACAGUUUUAUAGCAAUCAACUGUCAUUUAAAUAGUGUGGACACCGAUUGUAAGGUUGAGAGCGCGAACCGAAGCCACGGAUCGGUUUGGAGAGCGUUUAAGUACAAUUUCAAGUCACUGUCGCUUUGAUUGCGUGCGAUAGUCUCCACAAUCGAGAAGAAUAACAAAAGGCAGCAAUCAGCGUUGGACUUGAAACUUGGAAGCUCAGUUGAAGCUUUGUUGUGGCGUCCACACUGUACUCACUAUCAGUCGUGGCCCCAGCUGUGACGGUUGAACAAGCAACGCUCGGCGAACGGAGCUCGACCAGCGCUCAGCGAUUAUCGACGGAUUACGCUGUCGAUUGACAAAGCAAAAGUGAAAAACAAAUUAAAUAAAAUCAACAUAAUAAACUGAUAAUUUAAUAAGCAGACAGCAGAAACAAAAAUUUAUGAACAAGUGUAGUGAAAAGAAGCAAACGAAAUAAACACAUUUACUUUUAGGUAAAGUAGGAAGCAAUAAAGCGUGUUUAUUCGGGUUUCGGUUAUUUGUAGACACCUAAGCCUGUACAAACAAACGUAUAUCCAGUGGAAAUAUCAGUCUGAGUGCGGAUUUGAAUUUUCGCUUGGGCGCACACGACGCACGCUUUGAUGUCGCGGAUGUGAUAAAGGUGUACAAGGCAUACUCAAGCCUCUGAAAAAUUCUAUAAAGUGUGCCAAAUUAAAAAAAAAAAAAAUUUAUAACCUUUUUUUGUGCUGUGCACCAAGUAAGCCUUGUGUCUUGAGUACAACGCCUAAUUUAUUGCUGUGACAAAGCGUAUUGCGGUGAUUCAGAAGUUUUAAAAUGUUCCACACAAUUUCUUGGAGCUCGCGGCCGGCUUUACCGCUGUUGUUGUUCACCUGUUUGUUUCUGAUAGUUAGCCCCAUUGCUGGCUAUACUUACGAUUAUAGCACAAUUCGACAAAAACGCUCGCCCAAUGAAGAUACGAAGGUAUCAAAUGAUUUUGAAGCGAACUUGGAUCGAAUUUUCAAAUUUGGUAGUGAUUCGGGACUUGUACUUUUCAACGAAACAUCGCAAUCGGCACAAAAAGAUGUUAUGUUUAAAGUGCAAAGAUCACCCGACGGCAAACUGAACGUGAUUUUUAACGAUUUUCUCAUUUUCCAGACGACAACUGCAGGUACACUCACGAACAUCAACUACAAUAAUGACCAAAAUACACAUCACAACAAUCGCAAUAAUGAUGCGAUUAUAUUUUCUGAUGAUGGGUAUAUCUGCAGUGAACGACUGAAGGGGAAACCCUAUUGUUUGGACGUGCCAAAUUAUUUGGAGUCUUCACGGUUGGAUACAAUUGAUGAGGACAAUUUUGAUAAAUUCAAAUCAUAUUUCAAAGACGAUGUCGUGCCACCGCCAGACAUAACGCAACGUAUGAACUCGGGGCCGCAGGAUGAGUACUAUUGCUCCAGCACCUCGCAUUUAAUAUAUCCGAAAUCCGCUGAAACGAAGGAAUCAAAAUGGCUGUUGGUCGUGCAACACGAGAACCACAAGCAGGGUAUUUUAGUGGAACAAUGCGACAAUGAGGAGAAGCCCUGCCGAUUUCAGGAAUUACUGCCGAAAUUUUACACAUCGCGUUGUAAACAGAAUUACAUCUAUAGAACCAUGGUUGUAUCUGUCGACGGCAAACUGCGGGAGGAACAAGUGAAAAUGCCCAGCUGUUGCAAAUGUGUAUUGCGUAACAGUCAAACUUGAGACUAAAAGUUUUGCAAUACAUACACACAUACAUAUAUACGUGUAUGUGAAAGCUCAGGUCAGAGCGUUGCACGUGACUAUAUGAAAGCUGCAAUUCGUCAACGUUAAUUAAGCAGGUUUUAUGAUUUCACAAGUGAAUCUAGUAUAAGUAAAACAUAAUUCACAGCCAAUAACUACUGUAAAUUACAUAAGUUUGUUUGUUUUAGUAAGAGCGAUAAAUUGUAUAGCGACAAAAUCAUACACUUUAAUAUUUAUAUUUAAUAGGUUAUACGAAUUAAUUAUUGUUUGUAUAUUUUUUUAAUUGAAAAAACAAAACUUCAACUUUUGUGAACAUUUUUAUACUUAAGCUUAUAAAAUAUAUAUUGUAAAUAAAUUUGUUAAUAAUAAUCAUUACA